UUAUUUCGUUUUUGUUUAUCCCAUGCAUGUUGGAACAGUUGAAUGGGUGGAGUGGAGUAGUGUCGGGCGUUAUGGCGGGACCUAUUUCUAUGUCAACAAUCUCGUAAACACACAAUACUGUAUCAAUUCCGCCAACCACAUUCAACCACCUCUCUCUCUCUCUCUCUCUCUCUCUCUCUCUCUCUCUCUCUCUCUCUCUCUCUCUCUCUCUCUGAUCUGUUGCUGUUCCAUUUCAACACCACACUCUCUCUCACCACCAUUUCAACAAAGUCAACCUAAUUACCCAAACAAAACAAAUUCAUUCUAGAAUCUUCUUUUUUCUUCUUCUCAUGACUCAAUCCAUGUCUCACAAACCCUCCAUAGACUCAUGCGUAUUACAGCUUCGUACAUGGAGACCCUUUCAUCUCCAUCACCAAACAACAACACCACCACCACCACCAACUUUAGAUGGGUCCCACAACCUCAACAAACGCCCUUGUCUCUCCGACCGAACCACAACAUCCUUUUCCCUCGACCUCUCCAAACUAACAAUCGCCGACGAUGAUAAACAACCCAAUUACAAAACCGCAAAUUACCGUCUCAUCGCUCGAAAACGACGCCGUCGCGGUUCCAGAUCUGUUUCCGGCCGAAGUAGCGAUCGUAGCGCCAAUCGACGUUGUUGUUCAGUUGGGGCUUCUGCUGCUUAUGGGACUUGCUCUGAUUUUCCGGUGGCUAUGGGGACUGAUUCAAGUGGGGAACUUUUUGGGAAUGGGGAUGCUAAUUGGAGUUCUGAUGUUGGUGAAGCUAAGAAUUCUAGGGAUGGUGGGAGUGGUGAAAAGGAGAAGGAGAAUGUGGGUAUUGGGUUUGGGGUUAAUGGGUGUUCUGAAGGGAAUGGAAAUGAAUCUGGGUAUGGGAGUGAACCGGGUUAUCGCGGCGAUGCUGAGUUUGGGUAUGGUGAUGAGUUUGAUGAGGAAGAGGAUGAUCAUAGAGUGUUGUUUUGGGGUAACCAACUUGGAGGAGCUGUAGAUUCUAAAAUGGAGAUGGUUGGGGAGAACACCUUGCUAGAUCAAAAAUCUCAUCAUAGAUGCCGUCGUAGAAAGAAUGAUUGUAGAAUGAUUGAUGCUCUUAGGUGAUGAUUGCACAAAAUUCUGUCUUUCCUUCAAAAGGAGGCUGGGAGUGGGACUGGCUUCUUUUGUGCAUGAACCCCUGACUGACUAUGCGGCUUUUAGAGUAUCACCUCAUCCGGACUCAUUCGCCGAAUCAAUAUCCUGAGUAUUUUAGAUACCAUAUGAUAUAGUUUUGGGAUCAUUCAUGUUCUUAAACAUCUGAUCCAACUAUUGAAUUGAUGUGCUUAUUAUAAGGACGUGCGAGGAGAGGAACAAGGAAUGACGACUGAAAAUGUCGAGCUUUGUUUUGUUGUAUGAGAUGUGUUACAUGUGUACCAUUUUUAAUCUCAGCCAUACAAAUUCUCAAAUUUGAAAAAUGAAAAUCAAAGUAU